CGGGCUGCGAGUCGCAGAAUGAUGACGUAAACGGAAAGCGCGGUCGGGAAGCGCGCCGGAUGCGCAGCAGCUGAAGCUCCAUGGCCAUCCCUGUGAGUGUCCUCCGCCUCCCACGGGGCCCAGAAGGUUCGGGACGAGGUUUCAGCUCCACAACGCCAAACCGUCGUCGUGGGGAAGCCCCAGAGGUGGCAGAGGUGACAAAAGCCACACAGGCCACACGGGCAGCACUGCGCCGCCGCUUCCUGCUCAGCCUGGCGGCCGCACGGGAACAAACAGUGACAUUUGUACUCUGUCAGCACGGCCGGGUCAGCGCCGUGCUGGGGGCCGUCUGGGUCCCCGAUGGCACCGAGGUCUGCGGGGACAACGGCAGUGCGGCCGUGGCCUUUCAGGUGGACGCCCUGCAGACGCCUCUGGGGGUGCAGAGAGCUGCGCUGCUGCGGGGACGGGAUGUGGUGGCGUUUGGGUUUCAGGUGGCUGAGAAAUGAGGGGAAAGCAAUGGGGAAAUUGAUGGAGAAAUGAGGGGAAAUAAAUGGAGACGUGAGGGGAAAUAAAUGGAGUGGUGGUAGGGAGAUGAAAUGGGGGGGACACUGAAAGGGCACUGGGGGGCUCUGAACAAUGACAGCCCUCAGCUUCACACCUUGGUGUCACCCCCAGUGGUAUCCUAACCUCACCCCCCACCAUCCCCCAAUGGAACCACAGCGUCACUCCAAUUUGGUCCCCCUGCAGCGUCACCCAGCAUCAUUCCUUCGUGUUCUGAAGGGUGAGGAGGGCCCAUAGAAAAAGAGUAAGAGUGAGAAAAAGGCUUCACAGGGAAUAAAGAAGGGGGGGGGGGGGGAGGGGGGGAGUUGUUAGAGAAAGUUUAUAGAAGCAAGAAUGUAGAGCUGGUUGGAAAAAUAAGGAUGGCAGACAUGGAGUCUGGAAUAGCAAGGGGGACGAAGGCCAUAAAGGUAAAGGUUUGAGAACAGUACAGAGACAUCUGGCAGGGAGGUGAUGAGAUGCACACAGGGCAACAAGAAAACAGUUUGGGGGGUCCCGAAAGGUCAGAAGUUUACGGUGAGGAAGAUGAGGAUUCGUCAUCCCACAACCUCCAGGAGGAGACGACCACAACUGUGCACACGCAAUGGGGGGAGGGUCUGCAUGCUGAUGGCUCCUGGGAAAUCUGAUGAUCCACAUCCAAAUUGCUGGGAACUCCUCGUCACGCGCCGGCUCACAGCCCCGGCUGCAGCAGGCUUCUUGCCGGAUCGAUCCGUCCUGCGCCCAGCUCAACACAGCGCUGAAUAAAGCCGACCUGCUUUGAGAUCUUACGUGCGGGACAGGGUUUGAUUCUGUGUGUCACAUGGAGGAUGACAUUUUGGUCACGUGCACAGAGAGACACUGAGAGGACCUGCGUGUUUCUGAGGGGCACUGGGGGGCUCUGAAGGGGCUCCCCCCCAUCUCCUUUAAGCAGCACUGCUCUCCUUGUGGAGCUCUGGGGCUCCCCUCCUCUCCUUCCCAUUCUCCCAUCGCUUUCCCUGCACGCUUUCCUGGCUGUGUUCUCUUAUUCCCAUUGUUUCUCACCUUUCUUUGGGUGCUGCUUUUCAUUCUAGGAUCCCCAACCUUACGGAUGAAAUAGACUUCAUCUCAGAAAGCAGAGAGCAUCUUUGGCUAUGAGCUUAUUUCUGUCCAGAGAGUCCCAAAGCAGAGCUGUUGGUGGAAGUGUCAGAGAAGGAGAUGGAAGCACGGCACGUCUCAUUAGAGAAGGGAAUUAAUUACAUGGAUUGAUUCUCAAGGUGGCGAUUUGAGCCGUGGAAGCAGCGAUGGGCUUUAACAGCUUGCAGUGCUCCCUACAGAGGCGUCUCUGAGGCGCACCUGCACUGACCAAAGCCCAGCUGCAGGGCGCACAGUUAACAAACGCACAGUUUGCAGAGUGCUGUGGUUAGAACAGCAUUUUACAGGUGUUGCAACUAGAAGGAUUGCUGUAAUGGUAAGUAACUGACAACCAGAAAUAAAUAAAAAGCCCACCCAUGUCCUAGGCUUGCAAUAGAAAGCUCUAAAAAGAGGAAUCUCCAGAAAGAGAUUGAGACACAGCCACCUCCAGAUCUGAGUCUGUGACAGGCACAGCGAGGAGGAGCAGAAGUUUACUAAAUUCAACCAAAUCAAAUAAAAAGAGAAACAUCAAACACAAGUUUUUAUGCAGAGAAAGCACGUACCUUUUUCUUCCCUUCAGCCCAGCCAGGAAUUCCACUUUCCCUCCUCUGUACUCCAGGAAUGCUGCUCCUCCUCUCCUACCUGAGAACCCAAAACCCACAAAGGCAGCUCAAGGACCAGACCAGGAGCUCUUUAACUCACCUUACAUGACACUCUGAUGGGGAGCAGUGACAGCAGAAUCCACAGCAAAGACCCUUCCCCAGCAGCAGCCAGCCCUUAAAUGGGGUCCAGGAGAGGUGAGCCAGGCUCCACCCCUUCGUUACUGAAUCGCCUUCACCUGCGCUCCCACUGCUGGCUCGGUCCUCGCCCCAGGUGUUCAAUCAGCGCUCCAGGCCCUGACCCAACUGCUCCCAUUCGCAGGGCUGUGCAAUGACAAAUGUGUGUCACUGGGAGCACUGGGUGGCAAACAGCACUCGCUGCAUCCCCAGCAGUGAUUUCAGCCCUUUGCUGUCUGGGCUGCUCACACAGAUCGCAGCAUCUGCUGUGCCAGCACUGAGAUCUGUGCUCCCCUGUCUGUUAGGAGAAUCACUAACUGGCAUCCAGGACAGACUGGGACCAAAAUUCUUGGGCUACGGCAGGUCGUCCAUCCAUAAACCUCCCUCAGCAGAUAUUCAUUUUUCUUGUUACUGUCGUCCCGUGGCUGUACCGGCACUUUAAGGGCACGGCCCCAAGCUGUGAUGGAGCACCUGGGGGGGGGGGGUGCGGCCCUGCAGCACAGCUGGGGGCAGUUUGGCUGUGGGCGGGGCUGAGCCAGGCUCCACCCCUCCCUGGCCCCAUUUAAGGGCUGGGAAGCGCAGGGGCAGCAUCCAAACCCGGUGAGUGCUGCCUUGGCAUGGGGUGAGCCCUGCUUCUUGGCAGGGGGGUGGGAGAACCCUUCUCUGUUGCCGGGCUGUGGUCUCUUCCUUUCUGGGGAUCCUGACUGCGUUGGAGGGCUGGCAGCCAUCUGCACCUGGAAGCUGUUUCAUUUGAGCGUGGUGAGCAUUGGUCCUUGGAAUGGGGGACUUCACCUGACUGCCUCGACUUCUCAAAUACCACUGAGAGUGGCUCCGUGACUGCAGCGGUGAAUUCCCUCAGGGCUCUGGGACUCGUCUCAUCAGGACCCAAAGACUCCUGGAUGUUCGAGUCUGCAGGUGGCUGCGGAGUUGCAGCGCUCCCGAGUGCCGUAACGACUGCAUGGAGAUGCGUGGCUCUUCAUGGGAACAGCAAGGAACCGGAAUCUGCAUUUCCUGGAAUGCCCCAGAGCCUCGCUUUGCUGGCUGGUAAUUGUCUGCCCAGCAGGUGGCAGCAGAGCUGCGUUGCUCCUGAGCACUUUAAGGACAGCACGGAGAUGCGCGGCUCUUCACAGCAGCAGCAAGGAACCGGAAUCUGCAUUUCCUGGAAUGCCCUGGAACCUCGCUUUGCUGGCCGGUAAUUGUCUGCCCAGCAGGUGAAGAUGCCUUCGAUGCUUCCAGUUGAUGGCUUGCCCCCUGCAAUGCCAUCAUCUUUCCAGUCCUCCCACACUCACCACCAGCUCGGUUCAGUCCAGCUUUUACCUGAAUCCCUGCUCUGUUCCCUUUCCUGAGCGCUGUAAGGACAGCACGGAGAUGCGCGGUUCUUCACGGCAGCAGCAGAAACUGGAAUCUGCAUUUCCUGGAACGCCCCGGAACCCCACUUUGCUGCCUGGUAAUUGUCUGCCCAGCAGGUGAAGAUGCCUUCGAUGCUUCCAGUCGAUGACUUCCCCCCUGCGAUGCCAUUGGCUUUCCUGGCCUCCCACAGUCACCGCCAGCUCAGUUCAGUUGAGCCGUUACCCGAAUCCCCGCUCCGUUCCCUUUCCACGAUCUUCCUGUCACUCUGCCACAAGCCCCCACCAAGGUCAUCGCAGGCAACGUGUGGGAUGCAGCACUCGGUCUCAUUACAGUUCAUCCCAUCAGCUUCAGCCCAGCGAUCCAACCCACCUGCACCCUUCCUGAGGGCCCUUCUGCUCCCAGGCCAAUCAACGCUUCCUUCUGAUGCCAUCUGCGUUCCUUCCUGCCCACUUUCAGACUCGUGCCCCUUUGUGGCCAUUUUGAGAGUUGCGCUGAUUUCAGCGUCUGCAUUCAAUUGACUUCAACCAAAUUGGCUUUAGCUUUACAUUCAAUUAAUGUAAACCAAAUUGGCUUUAGUUUUACAUUCGAUUAAUGUAAACCAAAUUGGCUUUAGUUUUACAUCCAAUUAAAUGUAAACCAAAUUGGCUUUAGUUUUACAUCCAAUUAAAUGUAAACCAAAUUGGCUUUAGUUUUGCAUCCAAUUAAAUGUAAACCAAAUUGGCUUUAAGUUUGCCUUGCUUACGGGGUUGGGUUAGCUUUGCUUUGUUUGUUCUAGCGCAGGGCUAACCCAACCCCGUAACCAAGGGCCGGUGGAGGCGAUUUUGUUCCUCCCGGCCAGUCUGAGACUUGCGCCCCCUUGUGGCCAUUUGAUGAUCUGUGCUGAUUUCAGCGUCUGCAUUCAAUUAAUCUCAACCAAAUUGGCUUUAGCCUUACAGUCAUUUUGCAUCAACCAAAUUGGCUUUCGCUUUGCAUUCAACUUAUUUCAACCAAAUUGGCUUUAGUUUUACAUUCACUUGACUUCAAUCAAAUUGGCUUUAGCUUUACACUCAAUUAUUGUAAACCAAAUUGGCUUUAGUUUUACAUCCAAUUAAAUGUAAACCAAAUUGGCUUUAAGUUUGCCUUGCUUACGGGGUUGGGUUAGCUUUGCUUUGUUUGUUCUAGCGCAGGGCUAACCCAACCCCGUAACCAAGGGCCGGCGGAGGCGAUUUUGUUCCUCCCGGCCAGUCUGAGACUCGCGCCCCCUUGUGGCCGUUUGAGGAGUUGCGCUGAUUUCAGCGUCUGCAUUCAAUUGAUCUCAACCAAAUUGGCUUUAGCCUUGCAGUCACUUUGCAUCAAUCAAAUUGGCUUUGGCUUUGCAUUCAACUUAUUUCAACCAAAUUGGCUUUAGUUUUACAUUCAAUUGACUUCAAUCAAAUUGGCUUUAGUUUUACAUCCAAUUAAAUGUAAGCCAUAUUGGCUUUAAGUUUGCCUUGCUUACGGGGUUGGGUUAGCUUUGCUUUGUUUGUUCUAGCGCAGGGCUAACCCAACCCCGUAACCAAGGGUCGGUGGAGGCGAUUUUGUUCCUCCCGGCCAGUCUGAGACUUGCGCCCCCUUGUGGCCAUUUGAUGAUCUGUGCUGAUUUCAUCAUCUGCAUUCAAUUGAUCUCAACCAAAUUGGCUUUAGCCUUACAGUCAUUUUGCAUCAACCAAAUUGGCUUUCGCUUUGCAUUCAACUUAUUUCAACCAAAUUGGCUUUAGUUUUACAUUCACUUGACUUCAAUCAAAUUGGCUUUAGCUUUACACUCAAUUAUUGUAAACCAAAUUGGCUUUAGUUUUACAUCCAAUUAAAUGUAAACCAAAUUGGCUUUAAGUUUGCCUUGCUUACGGGGUUGGGUUAGCUUUGCUUUGUUUGUUCUAGCGCAGGGCUAACCCAACCCCGUAACCAAGGGCCGGCGGAGGCGAUUUUGUUCCUCCCGGCCAGUCUGAGACUUGCGCCCCCUUGUGGCCAUUUGAUGAUCUGUGCUGAUUUCAGCGUCUGCAUUCAAUUAAUCUCAACCAAAUUGGCUUUAGCCUUACAGUCAUUUUGCAUCAACCAAAUUGGCUUUGGCUUUGCAUUCAAUUGACUUCAAUCAAAUUGGCUUUAGCUUUACAUUCACUUAAUGUAAACCAAUCUGGCUUUAGUUUUACAUCCAUUUAAAUGUAAACCAAAUUGGCUUUAGUUUUACAUCCAAUUAAAUGUAAACCAAAUUGGCUUUAAGUUUGCCUUGCUUACGGGGUUGGGUUAGCUUUGCUUUGUUUGUUCCUAGGCAGGGCUAACCCAACCCCGUAACCAAGGGCCGGCAGAGGCGAUUUUGUUCCUCCCGGCCAGUCUGAGACUUGCGCCCCCUUGUGGCCAUUUGAUGAUCUGUGCUGAUUUCAGCGUCUGCAUUCAAUUAAUCUCAACCAAAUUGGCUUUAGUUUUACAUCCAAUUAAAUGUAAACCAAAUUGGCUUUAGUUUUACAUCCAAUUAAUGUAAACCAAAUUGGCUUUAAGUUUGCCUUGCUUACGGGGUUGGGUUAGCUUUGCUUUGUUUGUUCCUAGGCAGGGCUAACCCAACCCCGUAACCAAGGGCCGGUGGAGGCGAUUUUGUUCCUCCCGGCCAGUCUGAGACUCGCGCCCCUUUGUGGCCAUUCUGAGAAUUGCAAUGUCUUUGGAUGGGCUGAGAUCUGCACUGCUUUUGAGGUGGGUUGCAGUACACAACAUUCUCACAAAUGUGGGGUCACUAAUGGGGUAUGGAGGCUUUGUACUCUUUCUCUGGUUGGUCUGAUGUCUAUGCGAACCAUGUGUUACAGCUGUACUGCAUAUGUGUGUGCUGCGCCUGUAAAUUGCGUCGUGCCAUGUACGCAUUAUGUGUUAUGUUGCGCCUGUGAACUGUGCUAUGCCAUGUACAGAAUGUGUGGAGGCCGUGCCUAUAAACUAAGUCUUGGAAUCAGAGACCCCUAUUCAUUACAUGUUCUGCUUCUCAGUGCGUAGUUGCUGGUAUAGUGUGUAUGUAUAUGAUUGUAUGAGUCAUGCCUUGUGGAAAAAGUGCUGUAAUAAACAAAUAGUUAAACAAUG